AUAGAGGACAUGCAGUGGGGUAAAGGCGUCCGGGAGAUCCCACCCUCAGUGUGCACACUGCCAUGCAAGCCUGGGCAGAGGAAGAAGACACAGAAGGGUACUCCUUGCUGCUGGACCUGUGAGCCCUGUGAUGGGUACCAAUAUCAGUUUGACGAGAUGACAUGCCAGCACUGUCCCUAUGACCAACGGCCCAAUGAAAAUCGAACUGGCUGCCAGAAUAUCCCCAUCAUCAAACUGGAGUGGCACUCCCCCUGGGCUGUCAUCCCUGUCUUCCUGGCGAUGCUGGGGAUCAUUGCCACCAUUUUUGUCAUGGCUACCUUCAUCCGCUACAAUGAUACACCCAUCGUGAGGGCAUCUGGGCGGGAGCUCAGCUAUGUUCUGUUGACAGGCAUCUUCCUCUGCUACACCAUCACUUUCCUGAUGAUCGCCAAGCCUGAUGUGGCAGUAUGUUCUUUCCGGCGAGUUUUCUUGGGUUUGGGGAUGUGCAUCAGUUACGCAGCCCUUUUGACAAAAACCAAUCGGAUUUAUCGCAUAUUUGAGCAAGGCAAGAAAUCAGUGACAGCUCCCAGACUCAUAAGCCCAACGUCACAGCUGGCCAUCACUUCCAGUUUAAUAUCAGUUCAACUUCUAGGUGUUUUUAUUUGGUUUGGUGUGGACCCACCAAAUAUCAUCGUAGACUAUGAUGAACAUAAGACCAUGAACCCUGAGCAGGCCAGAGGGGUCCUCAAAUGUGACAUUACAGAUCUGCAGAUCAUUUGCUCUUUGGGAUAUAGCAUUCUUCUCAUGGUCACAUGCACUGUGUAUGCCAUCAAGACUCGGGGUGUACCGGAGAAUUUCAACGAAGCCAAGCCCAUUGGAUUCACUAUGUACACAACGUGUAUCGUAUGGCUCGCCUUCAUUCCAAUCUUUUUUGGCACUGCACAGUCAGCAGAAAAG